UCCCUGGGCCGGAGGAAGGAGGGCGCAGGCCCGGGCGAGGCGGCGGCUGGCGGAGGCCGGCCCGGAGGGGUGGGGGAGGCGUGGAGGAGGUGGAGGCCGGCGGUCACCUCCGUUCCAGCUCAGUUGUCAUGUCCCGCCAGGCGAAGGAUGACUUCUUGCGGCACUACACUGUCUCCGACCCCAGGACCCACCCCAAGGGCUACACCGAGUACAAAGUAACAGCGCAGUUCAUCUCAAAGAAGGACCCAGAGGAUGUCAAAGAGGUGGUGAUCUGGAAGCGGUACAGCGACUUCCGCAAGCUGCACGGAGACCUGGCCUACACCCACCGCAACCUCUUCCGCCGCCUCGAGGAGUUCCCUGCUUUCCCCCGGGCGCAGGUGUUCGGCCGGUUCGAAGCCUCAGUGAUCGAGGAGCGGCGGAAGGGGGCAGAGGACUUGCUGCGCUUCACUGUGCACAUACCUGCGCUCAACAACAGCCCCCAGCUCAAGGAGUUCUUCCGGGGGGGAGAGGUGACACAGCCCUUGGAGAUAUCCAGGGACCUGGACAUCCUGCCACCCCCUCUGAUUCCCACCCCACCUCCUGAUGAGCCCCGACUACCCCAGCCACUCCCUGCAGAAAGGAAGGGCCUUGAGGAGCUGGAGGUGCCAGCGGACCCCCCACCGUCCAGCCCUGCGCAGGAGGCCCUGGAUCUCCUCUUUAACUGUGGGAGCACCGAGGAAGCGUCCAGUUCCCCUGCCCGAGGCCCCCUCACCGAGGCCGAGCUUGCCCUCUUCGACCCCUUCUCCAAGGAAGAAGGCGCAGGCCCCAGCCCCACCCACGUAGGUGAGCUGGUGCCAAUGGAGGUAGAGUCGGAAAGACUGGACCAGGAACCCUGGGAGCCAGGAGGGCAGGAGGAGGAAGAGGAUGAGGAAGGAGGGCCCACCCCUGCCUAUGUGAGCCAGGCCACGGAGCUCAUCACCCAGGCCCUGCGGGACGAGAAGGCGGGUGCCUACCCUGCCGCGCUGCAGGGCUACCGAGAUGGCGUGCACAUCCUGCUUCAGGGAGUGCCCAAUGACCCAUCCCCUGCCCGCCGGGAAGGUGUGAAGAGGAAGGCGGCCGAGUACCUGAAGCGGGCAGAGGAGAUCCUGCGCCUGCACCUGUCCCAACUCCCGCCCUGAGAGGGAGCAGACUCUUCCCCAGGACUCUAGCUCCAGCACUGCCAGACACCCCCUUCUUUCCCCAGGGCCUGGCCCUACCCCUUGGUCUCGAAACCCCAGGGGCCAUUUCUGUACGUAACUGGACCAAGAAUGAGAAACACAAUGAACUCUCAGCUCCCUGACUACACCUGCGCCUUGGCAUCAGGGACUCACACUUCUGAUCCUGCCUGUCUUUUCUUGAUGUGUGAGCAGCGGCUCUGGUCACCAAACCAUCAGUUUACCAUCCAGACCCGGGGUCUGCAAACUACAUCCCGCAGCCAAAUCUGGCCCAUGAUUUUUUUUCGUAAGGCCUGUGAGCUAGAAUGGUUUUUACAUUUUUUAAUGGUUGAA